CGUCAAACAAAAAAUAUGGUUGUAAUAUAUGUAAUAAAAGAUUUACACGUCCGAGCUCACUUACCACUCACAUUUAUAGUCAUACAGGAGAGAAACCUUUUAAAUGUCUUGUAGAAGGUUGUGGGCGUAGUUUUUCAGUCGUAAGUAACCUUCGUAGACAUGCUAAGGUUCAUGGUUGUAAUACAGGUUGUACCUCAUCUUCUAGUACCUGCUCUUAUUCUCCUUAAAAAAAUAAAAAAUAAGCUUUUUUUUUAUUCUCCUUCAAAAUACAUCGUGGCAAAAAUGACCCUGUUUUCCUUUUGGUUCUCCCCUUUCCUCCUCCCUUCUGUCUUUUACCUAUUUACACACACACACAAACACACGCGCACAUGCAUGUGUUUUUAACCUUCUUAUAAAAAUUAAAAUUAUACAAUGUUUGUAGUAGUUUAAAAAACAAAAAACAAAUGCAAUGCAUUUUGAUAUAUUUAUCUAUUGAUCCAUAAA